UUGAGCGGAGUUAUUCAGGGGAGAACAAGUAACUGCAAUUCACAUCACAGUGAAGGAGUGAAAUCUUGAAGUCAAAAUGAAGUCUGUAGGCCUACUUUAUUUUCUGGUGGUCUUUCUUACAUGUGGACAGGUGUCUGUUUCUUCCAUGGGCCUGCAGUGUACAGAUCCCAUAGAUGAAGGCGAAGGAAAAGACAAGCUUUAUAGAUUUCACUUUGACCCCCAGUUAGGACUCUGUACCCCCUUCUUCUACAAAGGACAGGGCGGCAAUAACAACAGUUUUGACUCUGAUCAAGAAUGCAUGAAAGCAUGUUCGCCAAAAUACAAGGAGAUCUAUCCAAGUGAAGAUGAAGUGUGUUCUCUGGAGCUGGACUAUGGCAGCUGUUUCGCCAUGAUUCCAAAAUUUUAUUAUGAUAGUACAGAGAAGAACUGCCGAACGUUCUUGUAUGGCGGGUGUCAAGGGAACGGAAACCGCUUUGAUACCAGAAAGGAGUGUCAAAUGAUGUGUCAAGCAAGAUCUGGAAGGCUGCUGACCGCUGAAGACUACCCAAACCCUGAUCAGAAAACUGUUAAUGCAGGGCUGAUUGUUGGUAUUUUGGGUGGUCUUGUGUUCGUCGGUGCUGUCAUUUCUGCUAUUGUGAUGUUUGUGCUCCACAAGAAGAGCAAGAUGGUCGAAAGGAAGCCGGUGCCAACAUCCGAUAUCGAAAUGAACUAGAAGAACAUGAUUGCUACAACAUCCUGUCUGUACAUAUGUCAUUAGUGCUUUUGUAUCAUUUAUACCAGUCCUGUUUUAAAAGUGGUUGAAAUAUUGGUAUACAACAAUGCGUAUAUAGUGUCCACAAUUAAAAUGUGUGAGUCUGCAUUCCUUUUGGUCCAGUCAUGACAUCAGACUCUCUACUGUAUGCUGUAAAAUCAUGUUUUAUGUGGGGAAAAGCAUUCAUUAUUGUACUUGAUCAAAUCUGAUGUCUGUCUGUACUUAUAAUGUAUUGAUGUAAUCAUAUAGUCUUUGUUAUGAAUGUUCUUUAUUGUGAAGUUUUAUUAGUAUAAUAAAGAUGAAACAUUCUUAUGUAUUCCUCUGAUUACAUGUCUUACUAAACAUUAAUUGAUUUAAUCAUGAGGAAACAGUCACAGUAAUGUAAUAACCCAGAAAUAUUCCUCAGUAA